AUGGCGAGAGGGAAACGCAAAGGCAUCGCGGAUAUAAUCGGCGAAGAAAUCGACGGGCAAGAGAAGAAGAAAAAAGAACCCCAACAAAAGGUGAAAAUACGCUCGGAAGGGAAGAAAAUGGCGGACGAGUUUAACAACAAAGGGAAGAUUCCAAAUGGGUUUUUGAAGAUAUUAAACUUACAAGACUUUGACGAGAAGAAGAAUAUUAAAGCGGUGACGUUAGCGAAUGGGAACUUUUGCGUGGUGCGAGUGGGAGAGUUGAUUUAUGUCUGCGAUUGUAACUCAACCGCGUAUAAGUAUCCGCUCAUCGACGGGGAGUUAUUCAACGGUCCCGGAGGCGCGUCGAUUCGGUCUCCGUUUGACGGGACCAGUUACGAUUUGACGACUGGGAAAGUCAUCGAGUGGUGUCCUCAGGACACGUUGCCGAGGAAGAUGUUGGGGAAGCUGAAGGAAAACGCGACGCCGGUGGAUUUAGGCGUAUAUCCAGUCAUCGUCGACGAACAAGGCGACAUUUACGCCAGUUUCGUGCAAUAA